ACGCUGCAGGCGCCGCGGCCCGGUGCUGCCCCAUGGCAGAGGCCCACGCGGAAGGGGAAGCGCUGCGCGAGGCGAAGCGCUGCCUCGCGGGCUUCCCGGACGAGGCAAGGGAGUUGUGCUUCAUGGAGUCAGUGCCCUAUCUUGAUAGUCUUCCAUCUCCCCUGGAAUUCUGUCGGGAAUGGGUGUGCCCAAACAAGCCCUGUGUGAUUCGGCAUGCAUUCAACCACUGGCCAGCCCUGAAGAAGUGGACCUUAACUUACCUGAGGAAAAUUGUGGGCUCCAAGUUGGUGAGUGUGGCAGUAACUCCAAAUGGUUAUGCUGAUGCAGUUUAUCAGGACCGGUUUGUAAUGCCAGAGGAACGACACAUGCCUUUCAGUGCUUUCUUGGACAUUGUGGAGAAAAAAGUAACUUCUCCAGGGGUAUUCUAUGUGCAAAAACAGUGUUCAAACCUGACUGAAGAAUUUCCUGAACUUAUGGGUGAUGUUGAGCCUGACAUACCUUGGAUGAGUGAAGCACUAGGGAAGAAGCCUGAUGCUGUGAAUUUCUGGCUGGGAGAGUCGGCUGCAGUGACAUCUUUACAUAAAGACCAUUAUGAAAACUUGUACUGUGUGAUCUCUGGAGAGAAACAUUUUCUGCUGCAUCCACCAAGUGACCGUCCCUUCAUUCCAUAUGGUAUAACACUUCUUUUUGAUAAGCUGGAAUUGUGUUCAUCUUUAGUGCCUGUCCUUCAUGCAAUGGAAGCUCCAAUGCCUGAGGCUAAAACCUUCCCAUAUUACCUGCUCUCUGUGAAGGUCAUCCAGGCUUGGCACAUACCCUCAAAAGACUUAAUUACUCUUUCUGAUUGUUAUGUGAGCCUUUGGCUACCAUCAGCUUCCAAACAGCAGGCUGUGACUAAAACCAUUUCCAAUACUAGUAAUCCUGUUUGGAAUGAACACUUCCAUUUCUUUAUCCAACCUGAGGUCAAGAAUGUGCUGGAGCUGAAGCUCUAUGAUCAUGACGUAGUCACCAAAGAUGAUCUCCUCUUCACGGUUGUCUAUGAUAUCGCUAAAGUGAGGCCUGGGGAAACGCUUCAUGAAAAUUUCAUUUUGAACUCUGAGGGACAAGAGCGUCUAGAAGUAGAAUUCAAGAUGGAGAGCGUAUGUUCGGGUUUUGAGAAUAUUAUUACUAAUGGAAUCCUAACGACUCGUGAGAUUUCCUGUUUGGAAAUUCAGCUGGACAAACAGAAGAAUGAAGAAUGUUUGAAAAUUAUUGAACACUUCCCCAUAGAACAUAAAAAAAUUGAGCUGGUGGUGAAAGAAUCACUUGAAGAAGCACAGAAGAUCACCCAGGACUCAGACAUCUUCCAGUUCCACUGUGUAAAGAACUGGGAGCCAGUGCUAAAAGCCAGCAUGAAGAGCAACUGCUUUGGGAAAAAACUGUUUGGGGAUACUUCUGCUGACUCUCCAGGUGUAUUGCUGAAAGCCCUCCCUGUGGGAGAGAAAACAAAGGUUAUCUUGCCUUUCUCAAAGAAUGCACAAUUGGAGUUGCAGCUCAUGGUUAAUGACUGCUUAGGAAAUGUGGAUGUCCGUUUGGGAUGUGAUCUCUGUGGAGCUGAACAGAACUUCCUGUAUAAGAGGAGGAAUGUGGUUGCCAAUGCUCUACAAAAGGUUCUUCUGCUGGACCAGGAGCUGCAAGGAGAUGAGGUCCCAGUGGUGGCUGUCAUGACAACAGGCGGGGGAGCUAGGGCAAUGUCAGCGUUUUAUGGCCACCUCUUUGCCCUGCAGAAGAUGAACCUCUUAGAUUGUGUCACAUACAUAACGGGAGCCUCUGGCUCAACAUGGACAAUGACAAGUUUGUAUGAAGACAGUAACUGGUCUCAAAAGGACUUGAUGGGCCCAGUCCGUAGAGCACAGAGAGACAUGGCCAUGCACAAGUCAAGUGCUUUCUCCUGGGAGGCAAUGCAGCACUACAAUGCAGAGCUGAGACGGAGGACUGAAGAGGGACACUUGGUUUCUUUUACUGAUAUGUGGUCACUUAUCAUAGAACGCAUGUUCCAUAAUGAGCGGAAUGAAAAUAAACUCUCAAAUCAGCAACAGGCAGUGAGACAGGGGCAAAAUCCACUGCCCAUCUAUGUGGCCCUCAAUGUCAAGGAGAACACCAAAAGCACUUAUGAAUUCAAAGAAUGGUGUGAAUUUUCCCCCUAUGAGGUAGGAUUUUCUAAAUAUGGAGCCUUCAUAUGCUCAGAAGAUUUUGGAAGUGAGUUCUUUAUGGGACAGCUGAUAAAGAAGAAACCAGAAUCUAGGAUCUGUUAUUUGGAAGGAAUUUGGAGUAAUAUAUUUGGUGGAUGUCUGGUGGAUGUCUGGAAUUUAUACAAAUCUGUGCCGUCACCUUUCCCAGGCAAAGAAAAGGAUGACAACAAAAGCAGCAGCCCUCCUACAAAGCAGUCCUCUGUAUGUCACACUGCAUGCUUCACUCCACCGAAGAAAAUAUCCAACAUCAUCAAUGGAGUUCUGACCCAUCGCCCAAUUGGAGAAUGGAAGCCUAACUUCUUGAGAGGUCUGCAAUUCUACAAAGACUAUUACCAACAUGAAACAUUCUUUAUGUGGCGAGGCAGUAAUCUGGACCAGUACUCCAAUCAUCUUACAUCACUGGAAAAGGAAUUAUGUCUGGUUGAUGCUGGAUACUUUAUUAAUACCAGUUGCCCUCCACUGCUAAGAAAAGAAAGGAAAGUGGAUGUUAUUAUAUCAUUUGACUACAACUUAUUGGAGAACAGGUUUGAUUCUAUACAACAGAUAGGCAAACACUGUUCAGAUCAAGGAAUCCCCUUUCCUAAAGUUUUGCUGACUGAAGAAGACAAGGAGAAUCCAAAGGAAUGUUACUUGAUUGAGGACAAAAGGAACCCAGAAGCUCCGAUAGUACUUCACUUCCCACUGGUGAAUAACUCUUUUAGGGAGUAUAAAAAACCCGGAGUUAAGCGCACCUCUGCAGAAAUGGCUAAAGGACAGGUGGAUCUUGCCAACUUGACAUCACCAUACAGAACAACAAAUUUGACUUACACCAAGGAUGACUUUGACACACUGCUAAACCUGAGUGACUAUAAUGUCCAAAAUAACAGAGAACUGAUUUUGCAAACUUUGCUGACAGCAAUAGAGAGGAGAAAAGCCAGGAAGAAGUGAAGCCCUCUGCAGACAACCUAAAUCCUCCUCAGUGGAAUAUGUGGAUUAUUUACUCCUAUUCAGAAGGACCUAAAAUAGAAACUGGCAGGAAACUUUAGAAUACUUCCAUGGAAUAUUUAUUUUAUAUUAUUGAUGUUGUUCUCACACUACA